GAUGGAGGAAGGAAUAAAUGCAAGAUGGCUCCUCAUAUAAAAUCAGCCUCCUGCCUUCUCUUUUGUGAUCAACAAAAUUACUUUUCUCUACUUAUUCGACUGAAAUAUCUGUUUGGGAGGAGUGCGGAGGGUUGAACCGAUAUCCGUGGCGAUCGCGUACCUCGGUGUGGCCGGGGAUAUUUGAGGGGGGGUGUUUUUGGAGGCUGGUGUGAACACACAGGGCCUUCUUCAGCUCGACACCGGCCGAUUUGGGAUCUGUCUCGUCCACACCUGAGCAGUUAAUUAUCAAAGAUCAUAUUUACAUUAGGCCAAGAUCUACUUACGUUGUUUUUUUACACCAUGGCUGUUUCAAGGCUUGAGCGCCUGUUCAUCUUAUUGGACACUGGCACGACUCCUGUGACAAGAAAAGCUGCUGCACAGCAGCUGGGCGACGUGGUCAAGCUCCACCCACAUGAGCUAAAUAACCUGUUAUCAAAGGUUUUAACAUAUUUAAGGAGUCCUAACUGGGACACACGAAUUGCAGCUGGACAAGCAGUUGAAGCUAUAGUAAAGAAUAUUCCAGAAUGGAACCCAGCCCCGAAGCCAAAGGAAGAGUCCUGCACAGACGACAUGUCUCCCGAUGACACCUCUUCAGACCGACUGAGGUUCUACAGGUUUGACAUCUCCCGCUUGCUGAAGCAUGGAGCAUCGUUGCUUGGUUCUGCCGGUGCAGAGUUUGAGCUGCAGGAUGACAAGUCGGGCGAGGUUGACCCAAAGGAGCGCCUGGCCCGGCAGCGGAGGCUCUUGCAGAAGAAGCUGGGCCUGGACAUGGGUGCUGCCAUCGGCAUGGACACGGAGGAGCUGUUCAACGACGAAGACCUGGACUACACCUGCCCCUCCAAUACAAGCCGAGGGCCGGCUGGUAAAGGGCCUGCCUGCCACAGCUCACGGGAACACACAGUACAUCCAGAAGGCCUUUGUAGACACAAUGACUCCUUUUGCCUUUAUCGGCCCAUGCAGGCAGCAGAGUUGAUAGACUCUGAGUUCCGGCCAGGCAUGAGCAAUCGACAGAAGAACAAGGCUAAGCGGAUGGCCAAACUGGUGGCAAAGCAGCGGUCGAGAGAUCUGGAUCCGAAUGAAAAGAGCAACGACAGCUUUGAAGGGGAACCGGAAGAGAAACGUCGGAAAACCACGAACAUAGUCAUCGACCAGCCAGCAACCGACAACAAAGUCUUAAUCGAUAACGUUCCUGAUAACUCCAGCUUGUUUGAGGAGAGUCAAGAAUGGCCUCUGGAGAGUUUCUGUGAGGAGCUUAGUAAUGAUCUUUUCAACCCAUCCUGGGAGGUUCGUCAUGGCGCAGGCACGGGCCUGCGGGAGGUGCUCAGGUGUCAGGGAGCAGGAGGGGGAAAGUUGGUGGGCAGCACUGCACAACAGUUGACCCAGCAACAUCAGGAAUGGCUGGAGGAUUUGGUCAUCAGGCUCCUCUGUGUCUUUGCUCUGGACCGGUUUGGGGAUUUUGUGUCUGACGAGGUUGUUGCACCAGUAAGGGAGACGUGUGCACAGACGCUGGGCGUGGCCUUGCGGCACAUGACUGACAGCGGUGUUGCCAUGACGGUAGAUGUGCUGCUGAAGUUGCUGACUGAGGAUCAGUGGGAGGUUCGGCAUGGAGGGCUGCUGGGCAUCAAAUACGCCCUUGCUGUCAGACAGGAUCUCAUCUCGGAGCUGCUACCUCGGGUGCUUCCUGCAAUCACGGAUGGGCUGCAGGACCUGGACGACGACGUGCGUGCCGUUGCAGCUGCUGCCCUCAUUCCUGUCGUGGAGGGACUGGUGCGGUUGCAGCCGGCCAAGGUUCCCUUUAUAGUCAGCACUCUGUGGGACGCCCUGUUGGAGCUGGAUGACCUCACGGCCUCCACAAACAGCAUCAUGACCCUGCUGUCUUCCCUGCUCACGUACCCUCAGGUGCUCCACUGCAGCAUGCAGCAGUCACUGACGGUGCUGGUUCCUCGAGUGUGGCCCUUCCUGAGACACACCAUCGCCUCUGUCCGCCGCGCUGCCUUGGAGACGCUCUUCACGCUGCUCUCCAAAGCUGACCAGAGCUGUGCUGUGUGGCUGAACCCUAUUCUUCAAGACAUGCUCAGACACAUCUUUCAGUCCUGUAUUCUUGAGAGCAACCAGGAGAUACUCGAUCUCAUCCAGAAGGUGUGGGGAGAGUUGUUGCGGCAGGCCCCACAGCAGUACGUGGUAGCGGCCAGCUGUCCAUGGAUGGGCGCCUGGCUCUGUUUGAUGAUGCAAGCGCCUCACAUUCCCAUUGACCUCAACAUGCUGCUAGAGGUCAAAGCCCGCUGCAAGGCCAGUGGUAAGGCUCGGCAGGGCGGGCUGCAUGUGAAGGAGGCGGUACAGGAGUACAUUGGAGGAGCCGACACUGUCACCGAGGACUCGGCCACUCGAGACUACAUAGUGAUGCGUGCUCGACUUAUGGCUGCCAAGCUGUUGGGGGCGCUGUGCAGCUGUAUCUGUGACCCACAGCUGAACAGCUCCACUCAGGAGAUCCGUCCAGCAGAGUCCCUAGGCCAGCUGCUGCUGUUCCACCUGAACUCCAAGUCGGCUCUACAGCGCAUCGCUGUAUCCAUGGUGCUCUGUGAGUGGGCCUCCCUGCAGAAGGAGUGCGAGGUGGUUUCCAGCGUGGUCCGACCUCGUCUGCUGGCCGUUCUCUCGGAGCAGCUGUAUUACGACGAGAUCGCCAUCCCCUUUACCCGCAUGCAGAACGAAUGCAAGCAGCUGAUCGCCCUGCUGGCCGACGCCCACAUCGACGUGAGGGAUCGGGUCAACUGCAGUGUCUUCACCAUCGAUCAGGCCAACGAGCUGGUAACCACCAUCUUCUCGGAGGCCACGGCCUCUCUGAACCCAAAGUCCCGCCACUUUCAGCCGCUGGACAGCAAGAGGCAGCAGACCCGCUCCACCGUGGCCGAGGCGGGGGCCGAGUGGCAGCAGCUGCACCUGCGCGUGCACACCUUCGCCGCCGCCGCCGUCGUGGGCCUGGCCGCGCUGCCCGACAAGCUCAACCCGCUGGUGCGGCCCCUCAUGGAGGCCGUCAGGCGGGAGGAGAACACACUGGCACAGGGCUACGCGGCCUCCGGUCUCGCCCGCCUGCUGCAGCUGUGUGCGGCCCGAUCACCCUGUCCCAACACCAAGAUCGUGAAGAACCUGUGCGGCUCGGUGUGCGCCGACCCCGCCCUCACGCCCAACGCGGCCUGCCCUGUCCCAUCCCCUGUGCCGCCUGCCCCCGAGGGUGCCAAAGCCAGCGCGUCGGAGAAAGACUGCAUGCGCCACAUGGUGAAUAAGACAAAAGGCAUCAUCACCCUCUACCGCCAUCAGAGAGCCGCGUUUGCCAUCACCAGCAAAAGAGGCCCCACCCCCAAACCGUCCAAAGCUCCUCCCAAUGACCUGCCCCAAGGCAGCGCUGUCUCCAUGGAAACAGAUGAGAGUAAGAAGCCCAUCCUAAUUCAGAGGAGAGGGGCCGAGUUCUCGCUGACGACCAUCGCGAGGCACUUUGGGCUGGAGCUGACCGGGGCCUUGCCUCAUCUCUGGGACAGCAUGACGGGCCCGCUGAAGGCUGUCGCAGACGUGCACGGCUUUGAUGGCAGACAACUCUUGGAGAAGGGCGAUUCAGUAGCCCAGGAGCUGGUCAACUCUCUGCAGGUGCUGGAGAUCGCUGCAGGUGCCAUGGCUGAAGAGCUCAUCCCUCUGUUGUUGGAGCAGCUGCCGCUACUGUGCACCUGUCUCCAGCACCCGUACACGGCCGUCCGCCACAUGGCGGCCCGCUGCGUGGGUGUGCUCAGCAAGAUCGCCACCAUGGAAACCAUGAACGUUUUCCUGGAGCGCGUGCUGCCAUGGCUGGGCGCUAUCGAUGACAGCACCAAACAGGAGGGGGCCAUCGAAGCCAUGGCCUGUGUGAUGGAGCAGCUAGACGUGGACAUCGUGCCCUACAUCGUGUUGCUGGUGGUCCCCGUGCUGGGCCGCAUGAGCGACCCCAGCGACAGCGUGCGCUUCAUGGCCACUCAGUGCUUCGCCACGCUCAUACGUCUGCUGCCUCUGGAGGCUGGCAUCCCAGACCCACCCAGCAUGUCGGACGAUCUUAUUCGCCAGAAGGCCAGAGAGCGUCACUUCCUGGAACAGCUGUUGGACGGCAGAAAGCUGGAGAACUAUAAAAUUCCUGUGCCUAUCAAGGCGGAGCUCAGGAAGUAUCAGCAGGAUGGAGUGAAUUGGCUGGCGUUUCUGAAUAAGUACAAGCUCCAUGGGAUCCUGUGUGAUGACAUGGGUCUGGGCAAGACUCUGCAGUCCAUCUGCAUUCUCGCUGGAGACCAUUACCUCAGGGCACAGGAGUAUGCCAAAAGCAAGGCUGUGGACUGUUGUCCUCUGCCCUCCAUAGUCGUGUGCCCCCCUACUCUGACGGGCCAUUGGGUGGAUGAGGUGGGCAAGUUCUGCUCUAAGGAGUACCUGAACCCUUUGCACUAUACAGGCCCCCCUACGGAGAGAGCACGAUUACAGCACCAGGUAAAAAAACACAACCUGGUAGUAGCCUCAUACGACGUAGUGCGGAAUGACAUCGACUUUUUUAGACAUAUUAAAUUCAAUUACUGUGUCCUCGACGAGGGCCACGUUAUUAAGAACGGCAAGACGAAACUCUCCAAGGCUAUUAAGCAGCUGGUGGCUAACUACAGACUUAUCCUGUCAGGAACUCCCAUUCAGAAUAAUGUUCUGGAGCUGUGGUCUCUCUUUGACUUCCUGAUGCCAGGCUUCCUGGGCACAGAGCGCCAGUUUGCCGCCCGCUAUGGGAAGCCCAUCCUCGCUAGCCGAGACGCGAAGAGUUCCUCCCGGGAGCAGGAAGCUGGGGUCCUGGCUAUGGAGGCCCUGCAUCGGCAGGUGCUGCCCUUCCUCCUGAGGAGGAUGAAGGAGGACGUCCUUCAAGAUCUGCCACCUAAGAUUAUACAGGACUACUACUGCAACCUCAGUCCUCUCCAGAUUCAGCUGUAUGAGGACUUUGCAAAGUCUCGGGCGAAGGUGAGUGUGGAUGAUGUCAUCUCCACCGCAGCACAAGAGGAUGCAGAGAAACCCAAACUCAAGGCUACAGGUCACGUCUUCCAGGCCCUACAGUACCUGAGGAAGCUGUGCAACCACCCGGCGCUGGUGCUGACCCCUCAGCACCCCGAGCACAAGCGAAUCAGCCAGCAGCUGGCCGCCCAGCACUCGGGCCUGCGCGACAUCCAGCAUGCACCCAAGCUCUCCGCUCUCAAACAGCUGCUGCUGGAUUGCGGCCUGGGCUCUGGAGGGUCGGCAGACGGUGGGGAAGCCGUGGUAGCCCAGCACCGCGUGCUCAUCUUCUGCCAGCUGAAGAGCAUGUUGGACAUCGUGGAGCAGGACCUGCUGAAGCCCCAGCUGCCUGCCGUCACCUACCUGCGGCUGGACGGCAGCGUGCCUGCCGGCAUGCGCCACUCUAUAGUCUCCAGGUUCAACAAUGAUCCCUCUAUAGAUGUGCUGCUUCUGACCACCCAUGUAGGUGGGCUGGGUUUGAACCUCACAGGAGCGGAUACUGUGGUGUUCGUUGAACAUGACUGGAACCCUAUGAGAGACCUGCAGGCAAUGGACCGCGCUCACAGAAUAGGACAGAAACGCGUGGUGAACGUGUAUCGCCUGAUCACGCGAGGCACGCUGGAGGAGAAGAUCAUGGGCUUGCAGAAGUUUAAGAUGAGCAUAGCCAACACGGUCAUCAGCCAGGAGAACGCCAGCCUCCAGAGCAUGGGCACAGAGCAGCUGCUCAACCUCUUCACCUUGGACAAGAACGGAAACCUGCAGUCAUGUAUGCCCUUUGUGGACGGCACUGGACAGCUCCACGACAACGUCACAGUAAUGGAUGAUAAAGCGGAGAAGAGCGAGGGGCCGUCGUCGUCGAAAGCCAGUAUGAAGUCUGUACUGGAUGGUCUGGGGGAGCUGUGGGACCAGCAGCAGUACGAGGCCGAGUACGACCUGGACAGCUUCAUGCUCUCGCUGCACUAACCCGCAGGAUUCUCGCCUGCUGCGGCGGGUCGUCUCCCGCCAUGGGCCCACGCCCAUCUAUGUUUGUUUUGGCUCUGGUCCCGCCCACCGCCCGGACUACGUUACGGGCCACUUUUGGCUCGUAGGACAGCCGCUGUUGAACAAGCUCCUGGGCAUAAAACGCUCUGACCUGAAUCUUUGCGGUUUCUUGGGUCAGUCCUGAUGGCGCGGCGCUCUGCCUUUUUAAAGGCCCUGUACACUCCAGCCAGCCGGGGAGGAACACGAGCCGAAGAAACUCCUCAACCACGAUUCGACUGGUUUAAAGACUUCGUCCGACCACAGUGUGGGGACCCAUACAUAAUGUGUUAGAGCGGGGACACUAGAGGCGCUAAUCAGUAUAAUCCACUACCUUACCUGCCCUGUACAGUCUUAAAGCUUACCUCGAACUGCCCAUCAGUAUUGGAUCUUAAUAGACAAGAGCUUUAGGAUUUUUGUACAUCUCAUUUAUUUUUGUAGACAAGAUGGCCAACUAGGCACACUCCUGAUGCACUGAAAAGGUUUCUGUAGCAUCUAUGCAUAUUCACUAGGGGAGAAACUAGAUGUAUUUUAGAAAUGAAGGGGUUGGGGGUGGAGAGGAAGUGGAACAAAUUCAUAUUUUCUCCAGUAGGGGGCAAAAAUCUCUCCUCUGAAGCACAGUGCCUGUCAGGACCUUGUCAGUUUAGCUUGGAACGUGAAACACGCCUACAAAAACUACUUGCACACAGAAAUAAAUGUGAAAUAUCUGCUCCUGUGCAAGUGCCCAGUCCUAACUGUAAACAUGGGUACUGUUGACCUGGCAGACAUGGGAUAUUCACAGAACCAUGUCAGAUAUUUUUAAAAAGGGAAAAACGAGGACUUAAUAUUUCUGUAAAUUAUAUAUAUAUAAAUAUAUUUUUUUUGCCUCUUUUGAUCAAGCCAGUAGAAUUUUAAUAAAUUCUAACGAGCUUUC